AUAAUGUGUGUGAGAGUCCCUAGCAACGACCUUGAGACCCUAGCAACCAGUGUUGGUCUGUUCAAAGUCCAUCAUACACCUAUUUAUUUUGUAUAAUCAGUUUUUUGGGUGUCUAGACAUCACAACACUGACCUUCACUCUGGGUAAUAACACACAUCACUGAACAUAAAGCUCCUCCCUAUUAAAAGACGGAAUGGGGCGGAAAGUUAUCGUAGCAACCUGCUGCCUGAACCAGUGGGCCAUGGACUUUCAAGGUAACCUGGACCGUAUCAUUGAUUCCAUACAGCAGGCUAAGGCUGCUGGAGCCACAUACAGGAGUGGUCCUGAGCUUGAGAUACCAGGAUACAGUUGUGCAGAUCACUACUAUGAGAGUGAUACAUUGCUUCACUCGUGGGAGGUGGUGGCAGAGCUGCUCCGCCAUCCAUCAUGUACAGACAUUAUAAUUGAUGUAGGCCUUCCAGUUAUGCACAAAAAUGUCACUUACAAUUGUAGAUUAGUGUUCCUAAACAGGAAAAUUCUUCUCAUCCGUCCAAAGUUAAUUCUGUGUGAUGAUGGCAACUACCGGGAGACCAGAUGGUUUACUGCCUGGCACAAGAGCCGUCAAGUGGAGGAUUACUAUUUGCCAAGAAUGAUAAGCAGACAAACAGGACAGAUCACUGUGCCAUUUGGUGAGGCACUUAUUGCCACAAGAGACACCUGCAUUGGCUAUGAAAUUUGUGAGGAACUUUGGAAUCCAGAAAGUUCUCACAUUCCAAUGUCUUUGGAUGGUGCAGAGAUAAUUGUAAAUGGCUCAGGCUCCUACACAGAGAUAAGAAAGGGCUACGUCUCUCGAGAUCUCAUAAUGUCUGCAACAGCCCGGAGUGGAGGCUGCUAUCUUUUUGCUAACCAAAGAGGAUGUGAUGGUGACAGGGUGUAUUUCUCUGGAGACUCGAUGAUUGGCCUUAAUGGAGCAAUUGUGGCCCGUGCAACUCCCUAUAGCUUGAUUGAGGUGGAAGUGAUAACUGCAACAAUUGAUUUGGAAUCAAUUCGCUGUUAUCGCUCACUGAUUCGAAGCAGAUGCCUCCGCGCAUCUCAGAGUCACACUUAUCCUCGUGUUCAGGUAAAUUUUGCUCUCUCCAAUGAUGAAGACAUAUUCCUGCCAUCAUGUGCUCCCAUAGAAUACACUAUCCCUCUCCCAGAGGAAGAAAUUCUUUAUGGCCCUGCUUGCUGGUUGUGGGAUUACUUGAGGCGUUCAGGUCAAGGAGGCUUCCUCCUUCCAUUAUCAGGUGGUGUCGACUCAUCUGCAACGGCUACCAUUGUGUUCUCUAUGUGUCAGCUAGUGGUACAGGCUGUUGCUAAUGGAGAAGAGAAGGUAUUAGAAGAUGUUCGGCGUAUAGUAUCCCAAGCAGAUUAUGUUCCUCGGGAUCGUCGUGAGCUUUGUGGUAGAAUCUUCCACACUGUUUACAUGGCCACCGAAAAUUCAUCAUUAGAGACAAAGGCUCGAGCUAAGCUUCUCUCUCAACAAAUUGGAAGUUACCACAUACCAGUUACAAUUGACAGUAUGGUAUCAGCUGCAUUAGGCAUCUUCAGUGCUGCCACAGGCUUCAUCCCAAAGUUUAGAGUGCGUGGGGGCACUACAAGAGAAAACGUUGCUCUACAGAAUGUGCAAGCACGCCUUCGUAUGGUGUUGGCUUAUCUCUUUGCUCAAUUGUGUUAUUACGAAUUUGUGAGUCAAGAGCUGAGCCUUUGUGUGAUAUUUUACUUCAUAUCUUUACUCAAUCUUCCUGUGUUGAAUGAUAUUCUAGGUGCACCACCCACAGCAGAAUUAGAACCACUGGAUGAAGGAAUUCUAGUACAAAUAGAUGAAGCAGACAUGGGUAUGACAUAUGAUGAAUUAUCUAUGUAUGGAAAAUUACGCAAGAUAGAAUGCUGUGGCCCAUUCUCCAUGUUUGGCAAGCUUGUUCAUCUGUGGUCUGACAAAUGUACACCAAAAGAGGUUGCAGAAAAGGUUAAGCUUUUCUUCCGGUAUUAUAGCAUUAAUCGUCACAAGAUGACUGUGUUAACUCCAGCAUACCAUGCCGAGACUUACUCCCCUGAUGAUCAUCGCUUUGACCAUCGCCAAUUCCUGUAUAAUUAUCGCUGGCUAUGGCAGUUUAGGGCCAUAGAUAAAUCAGUGGAAAAAUUGGAAAAUGGAAGAAAUAAUGAAAGCGAAGUUGAACGAAGUAGCUCUGCACGUUCCAACAAGGACAGUCGCUCUUCAUCAUUCACAAGACCCUCAUCCCGAUCAUCCAACAACUCUCUCUCAGGUUCUCUAGGUAGCGAGUCCCACCGUCGAGGUGUAGAAGUAGCUACUGGGCCUGUCAUUGAAAACUCUCAUAAUGUACACAUCUGUCCUGCUGAGAAUACAGUUGAUACCAGUCACAUGAUCACACCACAACACAGUGAUCAGAUUGUGAAUGACCAGGUCAGGUUAACUUUGAAUAGUGGGGAUUGCGGAGAAGACAGAAAACGUCGUGGGCCGGCCUCCGCCUCUCUUUCAGCCUCUGGACUCUGUUUACAAAAGGCAAGGCGUUGUGGAGAUCUUCAGUCUGCUUCCCAUCAGCAACAUGAAACUAGCUUAUAUCUCUAAUGACAUUACUAGGUCUGCAUAGUAUUGGUAACAGUUUUUUAAUUACAGUGGACCCUCGACCAACGAUAUUAAUCCGUUCCUGAGAGCUCAUCGUUAGUCGAAAUUAUCGUUAGUCGAGUUAAUUUUCCCCCUAAGAAAUAAUGGAAAUCAAAUUAAUCCGUGCAAGACACCCCAAAGUACUGAAAAAAAAAAUUUUUACCACAUGAAAUAUUAAUUUUAAUACACAAACUGAAGAAUACAUGUACAAUUACAUGACACCUUUAUUGAAGAUCUGGUGAUGAUUGAUGGGAUGGGAGGAGGGGAGAGUGUGGAUGGUGUUAGUGUUUAGAAGGGGAAUCCCCUGCCAUUAGGACUUGGUGUCAAGUCCUUUUCUGGGGUUACUUCCCUUCUUCUUUUAAUGCCACUAGGACCAGCUUGAGAGUCACUGGACCUCUGUCGCACAACAUAUCUGUCCAUAGAGGCCUGUACCUCCCAUUCCUUUAUUAUUUGUCUAGAGUGGUUCACAACAUUGUCAUUGUAAUAGUCACCAGUACGGCUUGCAAUAGCUGUGUGAGGGUGAUUUUCAUCCAUAAAGGUUUGCACUUCAACCCACAUUGCACACAUUUCCUUAAUCUCUUUCAUCAUAUCCAUAGUAAUUCUCACCCUUUUUGCUGUAGGGUUGGCACUAGAAGCUUUCUUGGGGCCCAUGGUGACUUAUUUUGCAGGUGUAAUCACUAAAAACGCUGUGAUAUGAAAUGUUCCAAUUGUAUGUUUGGAUGGGACCGCAGUGGCUGGCUGGCUUGUAAACACUGGCACCCACGGGACAAGUCAGGUGCGCUCAGGCAAAAAGUGGACGCGUCUCGAACGGAACGAAUCGUGUUGGUCGAGUUUUUUAGCGCUAGUCGAGGCAAAAUUUUGUGUUAAAAUGUAUCGCUAGUCGGAUUUAAUGUUAGACAAUGCCAUCGUUAGUCGAGGGUCCACUGUAUAGAAGUUGUGAAACUUUGUAAAUAAAGGGCAAAAAUGUGUAAGCAUUUUCAGUUGUGAAAUUGCUGCUUCCUAGUACUGUUAGCAGUGGUGUGCAGGGUAAGCAUUGCUCCCCAGAUAAAAAUUCUUCCAUUCUGAAUUACCACAUUUAUUCGCAUUAACAAUAUUUACUCGUAUAUAGCAGUGUGCAUCUUUGUUUCUUUGAUUUAAACUUGGUGUAAAAUGAGUCGAGACUUUUGAAACUUGUUAGGCAGUUUUUGAUAGUUGAAAAUUAAUUCUUGGUAUAUGUAACAUUGGAUCUGCAGUAUCAUCAUCCUUCCUCUUGCUGGAUAAAAUGAUAUACUGUACCACUGCCAGAUGUAAUAUGAAAAUUAUUAAUUAAAAUUAGAUUAACGCAAUUUUCCCAAAAUUAUGUAAGUAGGAUGAUUCAGAUCAAUCUAACUUGAAAGAUUUUCUAAUGAUAGAACUUCUACUCGACAAUAUUUGUCAUCACUUAAAAAGAAUUUGAUCUGUCCCUCCCUCUUGAGGGAGGGACAGCUCUAGCUUGUCCCUCUCUCAGUACUACUACUACCUACCACUGUGCCCAUUCUACCACUCCUCUGUAUAUCACUGCCAGCAACAUUACAGAAAUAUAUAUAUAUGAUAUGAUAUUUAACCAAGCUAAUAUCAGAUUUGAAAAUUGGAAUUCAUUAAGAGUCUUAAAGUUUUUACACACAGUUAUUAUGUGGGUUUGAGUUUUAUAAAGUUACUUUGAAAAAGGUGUACAGUGAAGUAGGUAGGGUAGCCUUGGUGAAUUAAUAGUUCCAGCAAAGACUGCUUUUGUAGAGCAUAGCUUCUAUGCUUUGAAAUAAAUUAAAACAUACUCCUGAAUUUGCUAAAAAUCUGCACUUAGGAGAGGAAUCCUAUGAUGACAUUUUGGUCUGCCCUGGAUCACUGUCCAGUCACAUUUUUUGGUGAAUUGCUCCAGCAAUGAUACGUAUUGUAACUUUAUUCUUUUGUCCUGAAAUUCUAAGGGUCAGACCAGAUUGCAAUGGCUUUGCCCUUCUAUCAGCUGAAAACAAAUUAUUGCACAAUCUUUAGAGCAAGCCAGAAUUUUGCAGCAAAGUUUCUCAUCAAAAGACUGAAAGUGAUAUUUGCUUACCCUAGCAUUUUGUUUUAUUACAUGCCACUGACUAUUAGAGUUUAAGAAAGUUAAGCUACCUUAUGCCAGGAGGUGAAAAAUAUUUAUUUUCCCUGCUCAAAAAAUCAAAUAUUAACCAUUAACCUAGUCAUAUCUCAGUAUAAUUUGUGUGCUUUUUUUUUCCAGUUUAAUGUACUUUGUGUUUUCAUUGGCAUGAUAACAGUGAUCUCUGAAGUUCCUUUAUUAAUUUGUAUAUGCUUUCUUGUCUCAUUUAAUGUAGUUUGUAUUUGUAUUGGCAUAAUGUACAGUGAAGUCUUAAGUUCCUUUAUAUGUUGGUGGCAUCUGUUCAUUAUAUAAUGCCUCUAGCCACUCUGCCAGUGAUUCCCUACACAUGGUAUUCUAAACUUGGGAACUCAUGUGGUCUGUUUGAUCUAUCGAAGCUAAUUUCAACUUGUCCAGUACAUUAUGCCAGCCUCGUGAGAGAUUCCAAAUGCUAUAACUUUGUAACCAUGAAUGAAAUACAAACAAAAAUUUGAACUUGACUUGCAUGAGGGAUUGGAGCCCACACUCUAAAUGCCUAGUCUGGGUAUGGUAUUACUAACAUGUUUUCUUGAGCCUGGGUUUGGUAUGGGUAGUGUGGGUUCGAAUCCUCAGUGGCUGAGAUAAAAUGUUUGUAUUUGUAUGUGAAUCUUUUUAUUGUUACUAUAUACAUGGAGACAGUAUUAAACUCAUAGGGGUCAUAAAGAGCUUGUUUAUGUUACUAUAAAUUACAAAUGUGAUUACCAGAAAGGAUGCAAUGUAAUCUUUAUGAAUACCUCUAUGAAUAUGCAUGUCUUAAUGAUGAGUUUUUAAGAAGAAUGUGUUUUCAUUUGUUUGGAUGUACCUUAAGAUAACGCUAUGCAAUAAAUACUUUUUUUUUUUUUGUAUUCAUUCAAGCAUAAUUGUUUACAAACUUUUUUCCCUUAAUGCUAGUACAAGGUCUCAGUUUUAGAAAUGACUGGUUCAUUAUAUAGGUUUAUAGAUACUUAUCUAGCCAUUCAUAUCUCUGUUUCUUGCUGUCAGUAGGAAACUAUUAAAGGGGUAGCUCCCAAACUUUCCAAGCCACUCUAUUCAAACAUUUUUUCAGCUUCUUCCUUAGCUUUUCAAACCUCACAGGAACCUUUCUUCUCUUAUAGCUCUACACCCAUUUUUUUCUUUCUAGGUGGCUAAUAUUGUCUUCACCACUUUUUCCUCACUUGUCUCCCACAUUUUGCUUUGCUUUCAAUUCAUGUAUGUACAUGUAUAUACAUGUAUAUAUAUAUGUAUAUUAUUGUACCCACAAAAUGAGUGGUAUUGAUCAGUAACAACACUGCACUAGUCAAGGAGUCAAACCCUUGCUGUUUUGGCCCAUCUUAUGGUGAGUGAAAAUGCAUGAUGCUUUAGACCACUAGACCACACAAUUGGUCUAGUGGUCUAAAGCGUCAUGCGUUUUUCACUUACCAUGAUAUGACAGGGAAAUAUUAUUAGCUGUCAUCCCCACUUUUGUUUUAACUUC